AUGGGUUCCAAACCGUCCUCUACCUCUGCCGCCGCGCAGGCAGAAAACAGCUCACAGGACGCGGCACCCAAAAAAUCCCUCUACCAACGCUACUCAGACGCCAAGACCGGCCGUGACAGGCCGCCCAUCUCGGACGCGGACUUACAGAAGCACACGGGCAUGACGCGCGAUGAAUUGACCGAAUGGGCUCAGGACAGGCCCAACGUGGCUGGGAACCGGCGCGCCGGCGCUAUCGACAGCGGGCCCGCGUCUGGUCUUGGCGGCAUGGCUGCUGCGGAUGGUUAUGGGGGAUGGGGGCCGGACGCUGCUGGGGGCCUGAAGUUCCCUCCUCAGCAGAAAAAGGGGGAUGAAAAGUAG